AUGACGUUUCGUUUAGGCCCACAGGCUCGUGUGGACAGUGUCGUGAGUUUGAACCCCGCUCUGGACAACCUGAUAUGGCGCAGUAGAGGAGAAGACCUUCUAAUAAAAUGUCUUUCAACCCGUUUUGCUGGUGCUGAAAAAAGAGGCUAUAGCUGGACACGAGAUGGAGCCCUUUUUCCAGCAAGUGCCUCAUCUGCCCUUUGGGAAGAUUUGAGUCCGGAUGGAAGCAUUUUAAGGAUAUUUAAUAUACAAAAAUCUUCAACCUACGUCUGCCACGUGAGCGAUUCCGCUGCCGGCACCUCCGGCUCGGCCUCAGUCCGCGUGACCGUGGCUACGAGCGGCGAGUCGGCCGGCCCGGGAUGCCGCGGGGACGAAUGGUCGGAAACGAGCACCGUGCCGGGCGGUCUGGCACUCGCCGACUGCCCCAGCGGCUACGACGGUCAAGUACGCGUUCGCUGCGACGAGACGUCGCGCUGGGAACGGGCCGACUACUCCGAGUGCAUCGCCCGUGAAGUGCAAAACAUUCGGGAUAAUUUUGAACGUUUGCGCCUCGGUUUCGAAGUGACCACAGUCCAAGACGUGCUCAGGUCCUGCCUGUCCUGGUUGCAGUCACGUUCGCAAGCUCUUUCAGGAGAAUUCGAAGCAGUGCUUCUAUUCAUUCUGGAAGUUUUGGAAUAUGUUGAAAAUAAUAGAGCAGAACGGACCGUCACGAAUUGCCAUUUAGCUCUGGAAUGUGCCAACGAGAUUCUGCGCCACGACGACGGACUCAUCUCAUCACAGAGCGUGCACCGACUGAAGGAAUUCGUAAUAGCGUCCGGCCGUACCUUAUCCGAGGCGAGUCCUCUGACGACGCAUCCGCACGCCCUGAAAAUGAGCGAACUUUGGGUGGAUUACGGCGGCGUCGAGGGGGUGCCCCAGCGCCUCCUAUUAUCUGGCAGCGCACCUGAAACCCAGUUUUCGGAGGACUCCGUCUCUGUGAUGCUGGAAGAUAACGAACACAAGGCCAUCAGCGAGGAUCCUUGUACCGUAGUUUCUGUGACGUAUCGAAAUAUCACCAGGAUGCUUUCAGGGGUUUAUGUCACCAGAAAUGAGGAGGGUGAAGAAAUAGAGUACAAGUACAUAUCCCGUCUGGUCUCCGUGCAAGUUUCGGGUUGUUCCGCUAAUUUUCGGAGCAGCGUAGUUUUUCGGCACUCUAAUCAGAGUUUGUCCCCGAACGAUGGAUGGAGUGCCGAGUGCGCGCAGAGGAACUCAGGUACCGACUGGAGGUAUAAUGAUACAGGUGCAAGUGCAGGUUGCAGUUCAAAGUCACUCAGCCAAGAUCUAACGCGGUGUGAUUGCUUAGGUGGAGGAGAAAUUGCAUUGUUGGCAUUCAAAAUGCAAAUACAGAAAAGAAACGAGAUACCGUCCGCUCCGUACAAAUUGGCGUUUGUGGGCGCCUGCUGUUGUUUUUUGCAGAGCAGUUUAUGUCUUCUACUUCUGAUGGCGCAUUUUGUUUUAUGCAGAUGUUAUAUUACUUAUUUCAAGAUGCAAUGUUGUGCUUCUACGGCUAUUACUAGUGCACUUUUGGUCUAUGUCUUAAAAUCUCAACCAGAACAGCGUGUGGAGACAUUGCCCCUGUGGACCGGUACACUUCUUGCGGCCUCGAUGCUGUUGUCGCUGACGUCGCAAUUAGGGGCUUUGCUGUGUAUAUUUCGCACACGGGAAUCGGCCAGCCGCGCGACCGUCGGCGUUUGUUGCGGAUUACCGGUGUUGUGCGCGUUGGCCGGGCCGCUGGCGCACGCCUCCGCUGGGGAAAAGCACAAGGGAUGGGGGUUGCAAGUCGGAUCAACAGCAUUUCUAUUAUGCUGUGGGGCUGUUGCCUUGGUAUCUUUAGUAUUUGCUGCCUUGUAUGUAGCUGGGACGAGAAAACUCGAUUUGCUCGGCCGAAAACAAGAGGAUAAAAAUGAAACCAUCAGUAGACGAGUUGGACUCCUCCGUCGUUCUGGGAUAUUAUUUGCAUGUGGUCUGGCGCAUGCAGGGAGUGUUCUAGCCUUAUUUAAUUCCCCACAAGAACCUCAUGUGUUGUAUUCAGUUGCUGGCACAAGUUUGAUUCUGUGUAUAAUGAUCCUUACCUGUUACACCAUAAAACCAGAAUCGUCAGUAGGACUAAAAAAUCUCCAAGAAGCCAUAGAGUUUUCAAAAAGCAAAGAAAAGUCAGAAUUCAGUCCGAAAGCUAAACACAAACAACUCAGCUUUUUUACCAAGCAGGAUGGUGAAAUAGAAUCAGAAGGCGCAGCUCCACUUCCGAACACUCUGAUUUCAGGUAAUCUCAUUCCCGACAGGAGAUCAAAUACAACAGACGGCUGCGGGCAAAUUCGAUGCACCAGAAAUGUGUUGAGUUCUCUUACAAAUUGCGAGUGCAUUGAAAUGCAAGAACAAACAAGUUCUGAUAAUGAUCCAAGUGAAUCCCAGUGGGUGCGUGAUCCUCCUUGUUACCAAACAGCAUCCACACAAUUAUUAUUAUCUCAAGAAAAAGCUGGUGCAAAAAUCUUCGCCAGCAACCAGCAAUUCCGUGGCGCCCGAGUUUGCUUAGAACUAGGCGUGAUGCCCCCAACAGGUGGUCCAGGAGACCCAGGAGGUUUGGUGCUCUGCAGCGUCGACGUAGAACCUCUUUCAAAAGCACCAUUGUCACAACAACAAAAUCCUUUACUCAGAGGUCUCGAUAUAAUCAAAGAAAUCAAAGAAACCCAAGAAACCUCCCCCAGUCCAUCAAAUUCUUCCACUAAAUGUCCACAACCAUCAGCAGCACCACCGCCGAAGGAAGACAAAGACGAUGUCAUGUUGGAUCGGAUCACACAUGAUUUAGAUUAUCUUCUAAAUAGAAGUGAAGAAGAAACGCCCAAACCCGUCCCGGUUGUGAAAAUUACAAGAAGUUCGAAUGAAUAUCUUGCAGGAACUGUUAAAAGGAUGACUCCGGUUCCAGAAGUUGAUGAAAGUGGUAAAGACGUUAUUAUUGAUGAUAUUGCGAGGACGAAGUGCUAG